GUGACUUUCGGCUGUGAUGACUUGCGCUGCAUAUAUAACUAUAUUCCAAAUUUCAUGUGAUCCUGUUCUAUUGCUUUGAUUCUUUUGUUUUGCAGAAGUUGGAUGUAAUAGAGUUGUGUCGAUUCUGCUGUCAAAUGAAGUGCAAGAGCUUAACUCUACUAAUCUGUAACGCGCAAUUUGCAGAGAAUUGAGGAAGAAAAAUAGUAAUUCAAUAAUACGUUUAAGGGACUGGCGACAAAUCAGCACUGUCGCAUCAGAUAACCUUGAGACAGCGUUUUGAACACAGGAUUCAUGUCUGAUGGAUGCUAACACUAAGGUUUCCAAAUACCUGGCCGAUCUAAAAAAUGACACAUCUCGAAGGAGCGGCAGUCCCACACCUAUCAACACGGCGCAGUUACUGACUACCAGAGGCCCAGGACAGGCCGCCCAUGAUCCGCUGCAGUUCGUGUCAACAAGCGGAACAUCGUUGGCUGAAAAUGCGCGUCAACUGAUUAGCAUCACUGAACAACAGAAACGCGAAAGAGCUAAACUGGUACAGCAAGGUAGUCGUUUUGACGAUAGUGAAUCCUGGCAGGCAGAUUUGGACACAUGGCGACGAAAACGAAAAACAAAAGCAGCCAAGCAACUAGGUGUAGGUGUAGAGCCAUCGAAUCCAGCCAGAGACUAUCGUCCCAUCGCUAAGGAUUACAACAGUCUACCGAAUUAUGGUCGAAACUACAAGGAAACAAAAGAAGAGAUCUUAACGAUCACUUCACCAUCACAUCAGGAGGAUCAGAACGAUUCGGGCAUAGAAAAUCGCACGACAGAUUCGCAUUCUCCUUCCACAUCGCUAGACUUCUCGCCGAGGAGUGACUCAAAACUUACCGCCGAACUGAUCUCACCGAAGAGCUCAUCUCAUCCUUAUCAAUUGUCGGAAACUUCAGCAAGUCGAACAGAAGUUGUCGAACAGCCACCUGACUACGCACCACCACCACCACCGCCGUUAGCAUCAGACGAGAAGGAUCAAUCGCUCGAUCAGGUGCUAAUUCCACUGAACGUUUCGCGUUCAGUAGCCGUAACCGAACAGCAAAAGUCGGACGAAGACGAUUAUCCACCUCCACCACCACGUCUACGUAGACCUGUAUCCUCGGAUAAAACCGUCGAGGAUCUGAAAAGUCGUUACGAAAGCACUUCGUUGAAUAUUCGCGCUCCGCCCACAUUCCACUACGAGGAGCGGGCUGCUACGUCAAAGUCAUUCGACGACAAAUCAGAUACUCCCAGCGUCGAUCUGACAGUGGAGCUCAAUAGAGAGCAACGAGGACAGCAGGUGACAGCGAUACGAUACCCGUCAACUAGGACCAUUGAGACUAUACCUGCACCUGAAGCCACGACGACGGACAACAAGGCGCCUAGUUUUAUUUCGCGACUUACGCAUAACGUUGAACCUCCGCCAAGUAGGCAAUACACUUACACUUCACAACCAGCGAGUCCGCAAGUACGUAGAAAUAUGCCGCCAACUACCGUAUAUCGAGCCGUCGAUAUUCCUUUCGACGAAUCGCCAGCUGCUUAUCAACCUAAAAAGGACGAGAAUCUCCAUACAAUCAUGGUAACCAUGGGCACCCAACCGAUCCAAAAAGGUCUUGGAUUCACAAUCACCAUCGAACGUGGCCGCCCAACCAUUGACAGUGUUGUGGUUGGUACUCCUGCGGACCGCGCUGGGCUCCUUAUUGGUGAUCAUGUAAUCUCGGUGAAUGGCGAAGACCUCAAGGAUAAAUAUCCAUCAGCCAUAAAUCGACUCUUGCACGAUGCGGCGCGUCUGGGCGAGGCGGAAGUUGUCGUCGAGCGUAAGAGCGCAAAAGUCGCGCAAGUGAAAUCGUACACGUCACCGGAGAAUUUCGAUCGAGCUCGUUCCGUAUUCAACGAAACGAAAAGUGUGGACUCAUACGCAGAGUUCAAACGAAAACAUAGCCGAGCAUCGCGAGCGGAUCAGCCAUCUGCGCGGGAUUACAACUCUCUUCCAAGAUCCACUUCGACUGGCAACAUACCAACGAAGAGAGAUAAUUCACUGUCAAGUAUACGCUCAAAAGCAAGCUCACCAGCUCGUUCAUAUUAUGAAAGCUCAACUCUUCGCUCAGAAUACCGAAGCCAAACUAAUGGUGGAACACCGGACUAUAGAGUAACCUCGAUGCACGAAAAAACUGGACCAGGAAAGUUGACUGAUUUCGUACCAGAAGUGGAACGAGCGAAAAAAGAAGAAGAUAAGAGAGAAUUUUCCUAUCGUCGUGCAUCAGACGAAGAACCGCGUUUGAUCCGUAAUUACGACCUGCCGCCUGCGGUAACAACUACGACUAAAAUCGCUCCGACGAUCAAGAGUGCUCCAUUGUCAUCGCUUCGUCAAGACAACGAUUCAGUGAGUGCGGUCUUGAAACGAUCGACACUUCCAAGAAAUAGUCACGCCCAACCGGAAGAACAUGCUUCAGAUGACGAUACAGUAGCUGGAAAAUCCUUUCUUCGUAAAACGCUCCGUUCUCUGACGCCUCCAGCGCCAGUCGGAAUCCUUGAACGAUCGCCGGAACUCGAGGACUCGUACGAACAACAGCAAACGUCGCAUCGUGACUGGCGCUGCGUCUAUCCGUCCCAACGCUCGCGAAGCUCGUACGAGUUGCGCCAAAGCGACGCGGAAACAUCGAGGAAGAGCGACUCGUACUCGUACGACUACGAUCGCGAUCGUGUCGCUCAUGAACGUGAAGAGUACGACGUGGACGAGAUGUAUCGCAAGAAGAGUUCGCACACAGCGGGCAAAUAUCGCGAUCGCGUUGGCGUCGAGCCGCCAAAAUCGACGGUAGUGCCCAUUCAGCGCCUGGAUCGCGGCGAUUUUCGCUACGUAGACACGCCUCGUCCAUACCAGCCGUCGCGAUCGCGAUCCAGCGACUACAUUCUCGAUAGGGACUACCGCGAUGAGGCUGAAAUUUCCGAUGCAUCGCAUAGAUUUUACGAUCGCGACGGAAAUUAUGUGUACAAAGACCGAAGACCGGAUUAUGAUGUAGAUAUUCGUAGAGACUAUGAUCUUACAAGAGACGCAGAACGUCGAAGUUUUCGCGGACCGACGACGCGAACGUACCGCAGCCUGGAGAGACGCGUCGAGGAGCGGCGCAUUGAGGAGCGAAUGUACGAGGAAAAGGAGAAACGCAUGUGGAUACCAGAGAGAAGGGUGGUGGAAUCUCGUGACUGGCGUGAGGUUAUCAACCAGCAGCGGCAGCCGGCACCUGGUCGCGCUGCUGACACGCAACGCAUUCGCGACGCGAGCGCAUCAUUGGGUAACCUGCCAGCGAUAAUCAAUCGGAAGUUGGAAGAAAAUCGUAAAUCAGAAAAAGAAAGACAAACCACAACUGAUUAUAGCUAUCGUUCCCCAAACGUUGACAGCUAUGAACGCGACUAUGAACGAAGUUUCGAAAAGAGCUAUCAACCCGAUUACCAAAAUCGGAACUACGAUUCGCUACGAUACGGGCAGAACGACACACGCGGCCUUGACUCAAGCUAUACGACCGAGUAUAGACGUCGAGAACAACGCGAUGCGAGCCCAGCGUAUGGGCGACGAGACAUGAGCUCAGGAUAUCGCGAAGAGAUCCGACGAGAACCGGUGAACAACGAUCAAGUUGUGGCAGUCAGCGGAAAGCAUCGUUGCGCUCACUGCGGCGAGGAAUUAGGUCGUGGUGCAGCCAUGAUCAUUGAAUCGCUCAAUUUAUUCUAUCAUCUUGCCUGCUUCAAGUGCUACGUAUGCAAAACUCCGCUGGGUUCUGGUGCUACUGGAGCUGAUGUCCGCGUACGUGAAGGUCGACUACAUUGUCAAAGCUGUUACAGUAAUGAUCGCCUACAGUUGAGUAAGGUGUAGAGGAGACUCGUACAACGACAAACAUCCAUGGCCAAGCUCAUCAUGCAAUUCUCAUAAGCUUUUCGUGCGAACUACUUGAUUUUAUGGAAGACGUGAUUUAUGUUGCCCAUAUGAGCCGUUUCUUUCAAACAUUUACAGAAAAGUGCUGCCUUAAUUUUAGGAAUGUGCAACGCGUAGUCCUGACACCCUGAGUCGUUCUACUGCAGCACAUUAUGUGCCGUAGUUUUUUGUCCUUCUCGAAUGAUUUGCUCUAAUCGAACCAAAAUUCUAUAGUCAUCUCUACAGAUAUUCACUUGCCCCCUGACAUUUGCAAUUAUUCGAAUAAUCAUACGUGAAUUAUUGAUGAUUGCAUUGAUGGCUACUUUUAUCGAUUGAAUCGUUCGCUACGCCCCGCGCGACGCGCUGAUCGUCGAGUACUGUAUGUGUUUUCUGCGUAUGUGUAUGUUUGUAUGUUGAAGGCUGUGAUAGCGCAAUCGCAAUGAAUUUAUCUAGUAUCUUUGAGCAAUAAAGUUUAUUGUACAGAAG